GGGCUCGGGCCGGCUCCGCAGCGCCGCGCAGGCGCCCCAGGGCCGCGCCGAGCCGAGCCCCUCCUGCUCCCUCUAGGAGUCAAAAUGGCGGCGAGGGAAACCUGGAGCAGCCCCGGAGCCUGAGCCACUGACAGGAGCGGAGAGGGCGGCGGCGGCGGCAGGAGGAGAAUGGCCGGGGGUGCUGGCGCCGGUGCGGACGGCGGUGCUGGUGGCGGCGGCGGGGGCGACGGCCGCGGUCCCAGCGGCGGCAGCAGCAGCGGCGGGAGGAGCCUCCGGGAAAUGGAUGAAAAGAGGCUGCUGGAUCCAGGGUUGAAAGUUCGUAAAGGCCUCUGGGAUUACACUCUGAAGAACCAGCAGAUGGAAUGCCUGAGUGACUGAAGAAAAUGGGUGCUAAUGCAUCUAACUAUCCUCAUUCAUGUUCCCCGAGGGUAGGGGGAAAUCCUCAAGCCCAACAGACUUUUAUAGGGACAUCAUCCUAUUCUCAGCAAGGCUAUGGUUGUGAAUCGAAAUUAUAUAGCCUUGACCAUGGCCAUGAGAAACCACAAGACAAAAAAAAGAGAACCUCUGGCCUUGCCACCCUCAAAAAGAAGUUUAUUAAGCGUCGAAAAUCUAAUAGGUCUGCCGAUCAUGCCAAGCAGAUGCGAGAACUCCUCUCUGGGUGGGAUGUUAGAGAUGUUAAUGCUUUAGUGGAGGAAUAUGAGGGAACUUCAGCCUUAAAGGAGCUUUCUCUACAAGCCAGUUUGGCUAGACCAGAAGCUCGGACAUUACAGAAAGAUAUGGCCGAUCUUUAUGAGUACAAGUAUUGUACUGAUGUAGACUUAAUAUUUCAAGAAACUUGUUUUCCUGUUCAUCGUGCCAUUUUGGCAGCAAGGUGUCCAUUUUUUAAAACGCUGCUUUCUUCUUCACCAGAGUAUGGGGCAGAGAUCAUUAUGGACAUCAGUACGGCUGGUAUAGAUAUGCCCAUGUUUUCUGCUUUGCUACACUACCUUUAUACAGGAGAGUUUGGAAUGGAGGACUCAAGGUUUCAAAAUGUUGAUAUUCUCGUCCAGCUUAGUGAAGAAUUUGGAACACCAAAUUCCCUUGAUGUAGAUAUGCGUGGACUUUUUGAUUACAUGUGUUAUUAUGAUGUCGUCCUUAGUUUUUCUUCAGACUCUGAACUGGUUGAAGCUUUUGGUGGAAAUCAGAACUGUUUAGAUGAAGAGCUCAAAGCUCACAAGGCUAUUAUUUCAGCACGGUCCCCAUUUUUUCGGAAUUUAUUACAAAGGAGGAUACGGACUGGUGAAGAAAUCACAGACCGAACUUUGAGGACUCCCACAAGAAUUAUAUUAGACGAGUCCAUUAUACCCAAAAAGUAUGCGAAAGUUAUAUUACACUGUAUGUAUACUGAUGUGGUGGACCUCUCCGGUUUGCACUGUAGCCCCUCUGUGGGGAGUCUCAGUGAAGUUCAGGCUCUCGUCGCAGGGAAGCCAAACAUGACCAGGGCAGAAGAAGCCAUGGAACUUUACCACAUAGCACUGUUCUUGGAAUUUAACAUGCUUGCACAAGGCUGUGAGGAUAUCAUUGCUGAGAGCAUCUCAUUAGAUACCUUAAUUGCCAUCCUCAAGUGGAGCUCUCAUCCAUAUGGCUCUAAAUGGGUGCACCGACAAGCUUUACAUUUCCUCUGUGAGGAAUUUUCCCAGGUCAUGACUUCGGAUGUUUUUUAUGAACUCAGCAAAGAUCAUCUGCUUACUGCUAUCCAGUCUGACUACCUACAGGCAAGUGAACAAGAUAUCCUUAAAUAUCUGAUUAAAUGGGGUGAGCAUCAGUUGAUGAAAAGAAUAGCUGACAGAGAGCCAAACUUACUGAGUGGCACUGCCCACAGUGUGAACAGAAGAGGCGUAAAAAGACGAGACCUGGACAUCGAAGAGCUUAGAGAGAUCCUUUCUUCUCUCUUACCUUUUGUGCGAAUUGAACACAUCUUACCUAUAAACAGUGAAGUCCUCAGUGAUGCAAUGAAAAGAGGCUUGAUUAGUACUCCUCCAUCAGAUAUGCUUCCUACAACAGAGGGUGGAAAGUCAAAUGCCUGGUUACGGCAAAAAAAUGCUGGAAUAUAUGUUCGUCCUCGACUAUUCUCUCCAUAUGUGGAGGAAGCAAAGUCAGUGCUGGACGAGAUGAUGGUGGAACAAACAGAUCUUGUGCGUUUGCGAAUGGUUAGGAUGUCCAAUGUGCCAGACACGCUUUACAUGGUUAGUACCGCCGUGCCACAGUGCUGUCACAUGAUGAGCCACCAGCAGAUCAGCAGUCACCAGUCAAGCCCUCCUUCAGUCGUAGCCAAUGAAAUUCCAGUUCCUCGUCUUCUCAUUAUGAAAGACAUGGUUAGACGUCUGCAGGAACUACGGCACACUGAGCAGGUGCAGAGAGCCUAUGCACUCAACUGUGGGGAAGGCGCCACGGUCAGCUAUGAAAUUCAAAUUCGAGUGUUAAGAGAGUUCGGUCUUGCAGACGCGGCUGCAGAGCUCUUGCAGAAUCCUCACAAGUUCUUUCCGGAUGAACGUUUUGGGGAUGAAAGUCCGCUCUUGACAAUGAGACAGUCUGGGAGAUGUCGAGUUAACAGUACCCCCACUGCAGAAACCAUGUUUACAGAUCUGGACUCUUUUGUGGCCUUCCAUCCACCCUUGCCCCCACCGCCACCUCCGUACCACCCCCCAGCGACCCCAAUCCAUAACCAACUCAAAGCAGGCUGGAAACAAAGACCUCCCAGCCAGCAUCCUUCGCGUUCAUUCUCUUAUCCCUGUAAUCAUUCACUGUUUCACUCCAGAACGGCCCCUAAAGCCGGCCCCCCUCCCGUCUACUUGCCAGGUGUUAAAGCAGCAGCACCUGAUUGCACCAACACCACAGGACUGGGGAGACAGACUGUGGCCACCGCCGCCACCGCCACCACCUCAGCAGCAGUAACUUCUGAGAAACAAGUGUGUACCCAACCUGUGCUAAAUGAUCUAAUGCCGGACAUUGCCAUGGGUGUGUCCACACUGUCACUCAAGGACAGGAGGCUUCCAGAACUGGCUGUUGACACAGAAUUAAGCCAAUCAGUUUCUGAAGUAGGACCAGGGCCUCCCCAGCAUCUGUCGUGUAUUCCACAGAGGCACACACACACGUCUCGAAAGAAACACACGCUAGAGCAAAAAGCAGAUGCUCGAGAAAAUCAGCAGGAAUAUCCGGAUUUCUAUGACUUCUCAAAUGCUGCUUGCAGACCUUCUACGCCUGCUCCUGGCAGACGCACCCCCUCCCCUUCGCAAGGUGGAUAUUUUGGUCCCGAUUUGUAUAGCCACAAUAAGGCAUCACCAAGUGGCUUAAAGUCAGCCUACCUACCUAGCCAGACCUCUCCUAAAAAGCAGGAAGAAGCUAGGAGAGAAUAUCCACUUUCCCCUGACGGGCAUCUACACAGACAAAAGAAUGAGCCAAUACACCUUGAUGUCGUUGAGCAACCUCCCCAGCAGUCAGACUUUCCUUUGGCAGCCCCAGAAAAUGUUGGCAAUGGUCCAGCCCACGUCAGGGGACGAACAGCAGUGGAAACUGACUUGACUUUUGGGCUGACUCCCAACAGACCCUCACAUUCUGCAUGCAGCUCUGAAGCUCCGGAAGAGAGACCCAGUAGGAGACUGGCCGACAGCGAGUCCCUGGGCCAUGGAGCUCAGCGAAAUUCCGAUUUAGAAAGGGAAGAUUCAAUAAGCAGGGGAAGGAGGUCACCAAGCAAGCCAGACUUCCUCUAUAAAAAGUCUGCCCUCUGAGAGCAACCUCCAAGUCGUCUGUGCCUGAGAUGUGAAACAUCCCAUUUUAUGAUGUAACCCAACAACUUAGAGACCAGUUUAUUGAUGCCAGCGAACUCAGUUUCACAUUAGUUUAUUCUCGUUUUUGUAUAUACAUGUUUAUUAGACAUGGCAUGCUAAGAGGGUUAUUUUGAAUGCUGCAUCUGUCUAUUUUGUGUUUGAACAGUUAUGUGGGGAAGCAUUUUUAAGAGCAAGCAAGCUGGCACUUUUUUUUCUCUUUACAAAUGAUGGGAUUUUUUUUGCACUUGUACAUUUAUUUUAUCUGUGUUGAUUUUAUAUCAGUAUGUUACACUUUAUUGCCACAUUUAAAGGAACUGUAUUUUCAUACUUUUUUGCAUUUUACCUUUCAUCUACCAGUUUCCACGUGCAUUGGAUUGCACACUAAGAUGUAUUUUCUUAUGAAAUAGUUCUGUGUUUAUUUUUUAAUUAUAGAAAUUCCAAAGAACAGCACAUCAAAAUGCUCCUCUCUUUUCAGUAAUCGUUUUAGUUCAGAAAUCUUCCUGCUCAGUCUCCAUAAACCUAGUAUCAUUCUUUCUUACUUACUAAGUCUUUGGGAGCUGGUCUUCAUUCCUCCAGCGGGAGUCCAAUCAGGAUCCUGAAGUUUUCUGGUUCCAUAAAGAACAGAAAGGAGCAAAGCCUUUUGUGCCCAGGCUUAAAGCUCUUGCUUUGUUCCCAGUGUGGACGCUGUCAGAAUUCCUGCGAAUGCUGGUAGUGUGGAUCAGCGUAUCACUAGAUGAGGUUCUAAAGACAUCAGAUUUUCUGGAAUCCUAAGGCAGUGGAAAUAACGAAGUGACUUAAAGCUUGCACUACGGGAUUUCUGGUUCUGAGCUUCGACUCUCCAGCUGAGGACUGCUUGCUGCCUUCAGUUGUCUUGCUCUCUGUGGGAAAAAAAAAACAAAAGGGCUUCAGUCUUAUGGGUGUCAUUUGGUGUUUGUAAGCCUAUGUUUUCUUUUAAAUGUUUUUCAAAGUGUGUCUGAAUUUUGGUGUCCUAAAAAAGUUGUUGUAGAACGCAUAAUGCUUUGUCACCAAAAAAAGAAAAAGAAACCUUUUUUUUUUUUUCUUUUCCCAGUGAAACACUACAUGUCCUACUUGAACUCCAUUGGGGGGCGCUGGUUUGGGAUUUUACUGAACCACUGAGCACAUGGGAUCUUUUAAGAUCCUCUCCCUUGGAAGGGCAAUGUGUGAGCUAAGGACUGUUUUUUUUUUUCUUACUCUCCAGUGUAAAUAUAUUAGUAUUUGAGUUUUUAAAUCGCUUUAACAUUAUUUGAGCAUUCACUUUGUAUUUUUACAAACACAUACACACAGCCGUAGCACUUAGAAGAAAAGAGACUUGCUGAACAUCCCCUCAUAUGAAGGAUGUCUGGGAGCCUCUUUUCUGAGUAUGUAUAUAUAUAUAAAACUAUGAAUCACUCACACUCACUCUAAAACUAUGCAGGGCUAGGGAGCCUUUACAAGCUACCAUAUAAAUGAAUUACAUGCACUUUUAAGUAAAUAGGUUUCUAUUGGGUGUCAACAACUCUGAUUUCUCCCGAAGCUGUAGUUUCUCUUACAGUCUUUCCUACUUCACCCUGUGGAUAUACACUCAGGAAUAAUCUGACAUUUUAAAAAAUCCUAACAGUCGGUAGUCUCAAAGAUGAGGAACUCGUCAGUCUAUCCGCAUACGGCGAACCGUUGCCCCGCGUUGUGCUGCCCACCGAGUUGGCUGCUGCUGGCGUGCUCAUCGAUGCCGGCGGUGGUGCGCACUGAGCUCCAUGCCUCCUGGAGCGAACACUCAGCCCCUGGGAGGUUGGCUAGCUUCGCCUUUGAGGCUCCUUUUUUUUUUAGAGCUAGAAAAACAUAGGACUCUGUUCUCAUUUUGAGGAGGUUUGACUCUUUAUAAUAGAUGAUGGUGUCUUUUGAAGCCGAUCUCAUUCUGUCUCCGGAAACAAAACUGUUAAUUCCAUCAUAUUCCUUAACGUGUAUUUAUAUACAUGUCUUGACAUGAAUUACUUUGAUGUAGUUUUAGAUUUCUAUUCUGAAUUCAGACCGUACCACGCUAGUACCGCAAAUAAGAGUGAGUAGAGCUAAUCUGGGUGGGAAAAAGCUUUCUCAUCUCUGACCUGUAUUUUUCAAAAUGUUAGAUAAGAGCUAUUUGACGUCACACGUUCAUUUUUCUGAAAAUGUAUCAAAUAUUCUUUCAUAUUCCCCAAACAUAAAAACAAGUGGCCACUGUUCCUACUUUAAUUUAUGAAGUUUGCUUUUACUAAUUUAAUAGCUGCUCUGACUAAACUGUGUGUAGAGAGGAACUGACUCUAACCCAUGGGAUUGUGGACUGGUGAGACUUUGCAGAAGGUAAGCAGAUGUGGCUUGUGUGUGUUCGGGUGGGCGACAGUGGACUUCUGAUGUACCUUGUGAGGCGUGGUGGCCGGGGUAGGUGAACAGCUGUGUGCCUCUGGCUUUGGAAUCCACCUCUUCAAUCCUUUGUAAUGCGAACCUGGCACUAAAAUCUUCUAAUGCUGUUGUACUAAGAUAAAUGUGAAGCCUGAGUAAGAUGGCUCUUAGAGAAAAAAAGCGUAUGUAGAAUAUAAAAUUUGGGACCUGGCGUGUCACUCAGUUUAGAAAUUUCAUGAGAACGAAAUCUCAGAAAGAAUACCAGAUCUCCUCUUGAGACCGUGGACAAUCAGGCCAUCAGACAAUCACCUCCCUCGGUGCCCACUGUGUGACAGUUUAGAGAACUACCGUUUAGCCCCUGGAGCAGAAAGAGAAGAUCCAUGUUUCUUCAAGAUGCUGUUGGUCUUUUUCUUAUAUUUUUGUCUUAGUUUUGUGAUUUUGAUGGAUAAUUUAACUACAAAGUCACCUGUGACUCGAAAAGAAAUAGCAUGAAAGGCAAAAACGAUCACUGAAAAGCAGCCAUUUGAGUUUUCCACAUAUCACGGCCUUUGUCCCAUCCCCCUUAGCCUUCUCCAGGCAUACAUCCUAGACCUAAGCUCUCCUGGCAUUUCCAGAACCAGUUGGAUCUUCAGGAUUUUUAACAAGUUCUUUGUAUUUGAGUCUUUUUGUCGAACUGUCUGUGAAACUUUACCUAUUCUUGGUUUUGCGUCCUCAACUCUUUAUUACAAGAUUGCCAUCCUUUAUUGGAUUUUCUUUUGGUUGUUUGUUCACAUUCUGGCAUUGGACGGUCCUUGUCCAUUUGAAUGAGGGUGAUGAUGCAGAGUGUGAAGGGGGCAGUGUGGGGGCGGCAGGGGCUCCCAGCCGACCCCGCACCAGUCUCUGGAGGGGAAGGGUUAACAUUUCUCAGUAACUACUCAGCAAAAUAGGUAUUUUCGUGAUGUGUCAUCCUCCUUUUAGGGGGAAACGUGUUUCAUGAAACACUUCUAAGACACUUGUUUUGCAAUUCUAAGGCAUUCAUGUUUUUAGCUUAGGAAUGAACUCAAAGGGAAUUGACUUUUUUUUUUUUUUAAUUAUUAUUUGGUUGACUUUCAACUUUUCAGUUGAAAGUUACUAUUACAGCAGCAGUGAUGGGUGCUAUUCCCGGUUCUGCAAUGGUUUACUUUGUCUACUAAGUGGUUUACUUUCAAACCUCAUUACACAUAACCUUGCUAAAAGAGUUGCCGUCACACACUAAAAGGUAUUUGACUAUUUUCCAUGGACACUGUCGUAUGAACAAUGUUUUAUGAACUGUUAAGUUGUCUUUUUGUCCUGGAGAUUGCAAUAGCGGUUGCACAAUUGUUUUAUUGGCAAGUCUUUGGGUUUUUGUUUUUUUUUUUUCCUUCUAGAAAACCCUCAGACCAUGUGUCAGCCUUCCACAUUCUGAAUAUCAUAACGCUGUGGCCGUUUCUAGAAAGAUGACUUACAAGUGUGUGUCUUGAAAACAGCCUCUCGUGUUGGUGUGUUUACGUGGGUUCUAAGAGACGAGGUAAGCUCUGGAAGCUUCUUUGUGUACUACACGUGACCGUGUAUCCGGGUUCCAUGGGCAGGUGGUGUGGGAUCCUGCUCUUAGAUGGGGUGGCUCAAAGAUACAGAUUCCUGAAUUCCACUUGCCGUUUGUGUACCACAUCUAUACUUCAGAGAGGUGGCAUCUUCUACAACACUGCAUUUCCUGUGGUUGUGCUGUUACUGCUAUGAAGUCAAGUGCCUUCAAUGCUAAAGGCUCAGAAAUUUUUCUUAAACGGAUUUCAUGUCCUAUGCAAGUGUUUUCUACAACCUGCAUAACCAGUACUUUGUAAAACUUGUUUACGCUUCAAUUGUACAUAGUGUUUUUUAAAGAAAUAUAUAGUAUUUUUAUUUAGGUACCUCCAAACUUGAAUUCGUCUGUGUGAAGCAUUGUAAAACGAUACAUUUCUCUUUUGAGUAUCAUUACGGUUGUACAAAGGUUUCCACCGGUUCUAUUUUUCUACUGUUACUAAUAAGCAUGUAGCACUGACUUUAUCCUACAUAUAGUUGGCAUUUCAAAUAAACGGCUUGUAUAGAA